GGGCUUGCUAGAAACAUUCCAGGAAGUUUCUUCAUGAAAACUUGGAUCUCCAGUGUCUCUAAACUCACUCUCCAUAUACUUGGCUCUGAUCUAACUGGUGGAUGUAUGAACCCAGCCUCUGUAAUGGGUUGGGCUUAUGCUCGUGGGGAUCAUAUAACCAAGGAGCAUAUACUUGUUUAUUGGCUUGCCCCAAUUGAGGCGACUCUAUUGGCAGUAUGGACAUUUAGGUUGCUAGUCCAGCCACUGAAAGAAGGAAAGGAAAACAUGAAGACUAGAAAACUGGACUGAAGGGAUUUCCUUCUUUCGGAUUUUGAUUGUAUUGGAUAUAGUCUAACCUGUGAUUAUCAGGGAAUCAGAACAUGCAGAAGGUAGCUACAAGAUUAAAAUUCGACCAGUGGAGUUCAUUCUCUUUGGAAUUUGAUUUCUUUCAGUUCAUCCAAUGUGUAAUUAUUGUAAAUUAUGUUCACUGUUCCAAUUUUUUGUGGACAAAAUUUUAAAAUUUCCCACAUGCAUGCAUGCCCUAGUAGCAUCCUUAGGAUGAUAUGAUUUGUACAUUGAGGAGCUAAUAUCAUUGCUGUAAUUGGAAAAAAUUUUCCAUUUUGAAUGACAUUUGGCAGAAUUGUAGAAACAUUGUGAAUGGCAAUCUCUGUUCUUUGGCAAAUGCCUGAGCCUGCCACCAAUGUAUUUGACAACCAAAACUAGCUUGCAUGAACAGAGAUCCAGUUUCCUUUGAAAAAGAAAUGUACUGAUUACAAAAGGUUAGCCGGACAACUGGGAUUUUUGGGAGC